GGAUGUGUGAGUGGAGCAGAGUGCUUCACGGGGUGAGAAUGGAUCUGUGACCGAGAAAAGGUGGAGGAACAACUACAGCCAGUGAAGCAGGAAGAGUCCGCGGGUUUGUGAUCGAUGCGCGAACAGCCGGGGACGUCCGUGCGUAAACGCUCCAAACCCCGGUGCCAGCGCGUGGACUGAGCUCGAGCCAAACAAACCCGCUCUGGGAUGGUGGGACUCCCGCUUCCCUCGCGCGAACGGCCCGGGAAUCACGCGCCAUUGAAGGGGGUGAAUGUGCAUGCGCUUUAGCUCGUGGCGCGCGGCCUCCAUUUGCCACUUUGUGUUCGCGCUCGAGGCUUCGGUGCAACAGUUUGGAUUCUUACUCCGGACCUGGACGUUUCCCGGAGCUGUGCACGAGGCUCCAGCUGAGUCCAAGCGCGAGGCGUCCGAGCAACCUGCAACUUUUCCAACUUGGUCUUACAUGAAGCUCAAACAGCAGCGAUGCCGACGACGGACUCCGCUGAGGACGCAGACGUGAGCUCAACCUGUAACUUUCCGCCUAAACUCCUGUUACGUGUUUUUGAGAACAGAGCCGCUUCGAUGGCGACGACCAACCGCGGCAAAGCCCUGUCCUCGCCCGCGGAGGCCAGCCCGGCCAAAGCCCCGCCCACUUCACCCGCCCCGUCCGACGACAGCGCGGAAACGAGUCCCUCUACGUCGCACAUCGCUUCUGCCGCGGACUCUCUGCCGUGUAUCCGGUCGAGCUUCACCAAAACGCAGGAAGAAGCGACCUCCUGUGCGUCUACGCCUUUCGGGAAUCCCGGAGAAACCGACUAUCCCAAUAGGUUGACGUUUAAAGGCGUCACCGUCACUUUGGAAAGCAGCCGGAUUUGGAAUGAUUUUCACAGAUGCGGAACGGAAAUGAUUUUGACUAAACCGGGAAGACACAUGUUUCCGUACUGCCGCUACCGGAUUUCAGGUUUGGACCCGGAGCGGAAAUACAGCAUGGUUUUAUCUGUCCCCCCAGCCGACGCGUUCAAGUACAAGUGGUCUGGGAAUAAUUGGGAAGUCUCGGGACCAGCGGAUCAUUUGUCACAGGGUUUAAUCCGUGCGUUUGCGCAUCACUACUCGCCGAGCGUCGGCUCGGAUUGGAUGAGAAUUUUAGUAUCGUUUAAAAAGCUUAAAGUGACGAACAACGGGAACGAUCAGGAAGGCAACAUCAUUUUACACUCUUUGCACCGAUAUAUUCCCAGACUUCACAUCAUUCCCGUUCCGGAUAGCAUAGUCCCGACCGCAGAUAAACCCGUGGUCAUGGGGCCGGAGAGCAUGACGUUUACUUUUCCGCAGACGGAAUUCAUGGCGGUGACGACGUAUCAGAAUUUCAAAAUUACGCAGAUGAAAAUUCGCUACAAUCCGUUCGCGAAGGGAUUCAGAGAAGACGGACACAACCCCAGACUCCAAAGAAUUCCCAGGACUGUGGAGUUUGUGAGCGUUCGGACGGAAGGAGCCAGUGCGACGGCGCAGAAGGAGGACGACAGUUUUACAGAGGAGCCCAAAACCCGGAUCGUCCUCAAGCCCAUAAUGUCUCCGUAUUCCCCUGACGCUAAGUCGUACAUCCACUGCCGCGGUAAACACGCCCUCGGGAACCUCCUGGUGGUCCCGAGUCCCACAGAGGAGCCCGAAAAGAAGAAUCGCACCAUCAACCUCACUCCUCCCAUGAAUCUCUGCAUAUCUGUGACCCCCAAACCCCCAAACCUCAGGCCCUCGUCCACCCCCAAACUACUGUCCAAGUACAAGAAGAAGAAGUACAAGAACUGGGGUUUAUCGCAGAGACAGAGCUGGAGGAGAGAGACCGCCGCCCUCGACCCAGACCCAGACCCGCCCAGCCCCCCGCCCACUGUCGCUAUGCAACCGGAGCUGGACGAUGUGGAGGGCCUGAUGUUUGUGUCGUUUACAUCCAAGGCGGCUCUGGACAAUCACAUCGAGGACCAACCGAUCAAAACUGAAGCACAAGAUUCUCCACCUUCACAAACCUCUGUGCUGCUAAAUCAACCCAGAGCUUCGGAGACUGAAGAGAAGUUGAUCUGUUUGGAGGCACAACUUCUACAAGACCUGCAGCUCCUGAAACACAGACAGACCCUGCACCCCGUCCUGCAGGAGGUGGGUUUAAAGUUGAGCUCGUUGGACCCCGCUCAGCCCAUCGACCUGCAGUAUCUCGGGGUCCAGCUGCCUCUGCCUCCUAAAAUAUCCAGUGUAAUGACCGGAGACGUGGGAUUCCCAUUUAUCUCCAGAACGGGAAAAACGAGUGACUUCACCAAAAUCAAAGGAUGGAGGAACAAAUUUGUGAAGAACGACACAUUGGCUCUAGCUGAUGCAAGUCAAUCUGACGGAUCCAGCUCCAAAAACCUCUCCGCGUUCUGUAGCAACAUGUUGGACGAAUAUCUGGAAAACGAGGAGCAGCAAAUCAGCGAACGCGCCAAAACUCUGUCCUCUCAACCCGAGGGCUCCGUGUCGUACGAGCUGCCCGCGAAGAGCUCCAGCUACGUCAAAACGCUGGACAGUGUUCUCAAGCAGCGCGUGCCUCCUCCAGCUAGUGCUAAUGCUAGUGCUAAUGCUAGUGCUAGUCCGCAGUUGUUGAGGCCGUCUGGUCAGAACUCGGAGCCUGAGUCGCCGGCGUCUCCAGUCCCCAGUGCUUCUCCCGCUGUUUGUGAAGGUUACACCAUCGACCACUCGCUCCGGCCGAGUCCUGUCGCACAGACGAUGGCGCAAAGGUUGGCCAAGUUUCUCCCCGAAUUAACCACCACCUCAGAACUUGAGCCCAACCCCAACCCCACCUUUGACCCCGCCUUCAGACCGUCCCCUGACCCCGCCCCCUCCCAAGGCGAUGUCUCCAAGUCGAGGGCGUCCAACGAAAGCUCCGCCUUCUCCAAGCCUCAGCUGCAGCUCCUCGAGAUGGAGACGGGAGCGUGGAACCAAGGGCUGAGGAGGACGCAUCUUACACAGGACAGACUGACGGUGGCGCUGUCUGCGAUUUUAACCAAAUGGACUCAACUCAACGAGGUGUUCAAAGUGCCUAGAUACGUGAAGAAGCCGUCGCCCCCUUGUGGUCGGGAGUUCUGCAGGCUGGGCUGUGUGUGUGACAGUCUCUAUGGGUAUCACAGAGGAGCUUUCCGCGCCUCGUUCCACUGUAAACGCGCCGAGUGCAUGUUCGGCUGCAGCUGCUUCAAAGAGACGAUCACCAAAAACCUGUUUAUGGCGAUGACAGAGCCAGACCCCGCCUCUGCGAGCGUUAAAAUUCCUCAGUCGAAAUCGAAUCCCAAAAAACUCUGGAUCAAAGACGCGAAAGAUUUAGACAAAGAGCUGCUCCUGAUCCCGAAACCUGGAAAGAUCGAUCCUCCGGAAGUUCAGACACCAAAGACGGAACCCCGACCUUUUCCAGUUCUCAGCAGAUUCAUCAAACCGAUCCGAGAGGAGGACAAAGGCCCCGUGUACAAGUAUCUGGAGAGUAAACUGACCUGUGCCAGAGUGAGAGAGUUCAACUACAAACCUCCCCCCGAGCAGACGUUCACCAGCCUCAAAGCCGCCGCUCGAGCCGCCGCCGCCGCCAGAGCCGCCGCUAGAGCCGCCGCCUACGCCGCCUACGCUGCUACUACAACUACUGCGCCACCUGCUGUUACUAGUACUACUACAACAACAACUACUGCGCCACCUACUGCUCCCAAAGCUGCUAACGCCACCACGUCCUCCUCCGCCGCCGCCGCCGCCACCACCAACGCCACCAACGCCACAAAACCAGGAGACACGACGACAGCCCCAUCCAAAAGUAACGUGUUUGUGCUGAAAAAGAGAACAGACUCCAGCGUUAAGGCGGACCACAGACGCCCGCGGACGCUCAUCGAGAUCCAGUCCACCUGUAAAUGGGCCAAAGACGACAGGAAAAUGGUUCUGGAGGCUCUGUGUUUGAACAUGAACCGAAACCGUCUGUGCCGACCCUUCACGGUGGGAGCGUACCACAUCAGACCGGUGGCGAAGGUCGUCAUGCAGAAGCCCGACGAAUGUAUCAUCACGUACAAGGUCCGUAUCAGUGUGAACCCGACGGGCAACAGCGAACGAGACGGCUGUGGAUCAGACGAGGAGAAGAAAAGUGAGGGCGAUAAGGAGGAGGAGGAGGAGGAAGAUGCUACAGGAGACGGGCCUCAGUUUGGCGUGGGACUGACCCCCUUCAUCGCCGGGAUCCAGCCUGCGGGAAUCCUCAAAGCCACGACGGCACAGUCCGGCCCAAACGCUCCAGGACUGAUCCAGGUCAAUAGAAAGUUCUACAGUCACGCCCGGCUGAUGUUGGGCAGGAUGGGCUCUCUGCAUCCGGCCAAUCGCGUCGCAGCGUUCGUCACCGGUCGAUUGGGCGGGACCAGUAACCUCUACAAGAAACCCACCAGUCCUACUCCUACUAAACCUGCCACACAUCCUGCUCCUAAACCUACCCCAGCCCCUGUCCCUCAGACCACCCCUCACCCCACGGCGCCCCCUGCGGUCCAGAAGAGGCCGCUCGUGCCUCAGAUGCUGUCGUCGCUUCAACUGAAGGUUCCCGCGAGACCGAUACGACCCGCAGUCAGAACAACACAACCAGACGUUCGACAACCAACCCAGGUCGACACCAUGCCGCCUCCUCCUCCACCUCCUCCACCUCCUCCUCCACCUCCACCUCCUCCAGAACCAGUGAAGCCCAAACGAUCCAGCCCCUUCCAGAGCGCGACCCCGGUCUCCAUCACCGUCUCCCCCUCGCUAAAAACACCCAGCUUUUUGUCGCAGAAGGACACGUACUCCUUCAGGCUCUGCCCCCCGGAAAACGACACCUGCAGACUGCCCGGGGUGGCUCUUCCGGGGGGAUUCACCUUGAUCCAUCUUCCCAAACCGACUUCCGAUCAGAACCACGCCAACCGUUUGUUGUCUCAGAUUGUGGAAAACGCCCUUAAGAAGAGCAGGUCUGUGGUUAUCAGCGACGGCUCCGAGUCCGACGGGUUCAGCUCUGGUGGAAGCUCCGAUUUCUCAGACGAAGAGAUCGACGUCGACGGUGAGAUCUCAGUGGAUGUAGAGACAGUUUUGGAAACGGAAGAACAGAUAAUGGUGAAGAGACUUCGAGUCGCUGCAGGUUUAGAUCCAACUCCACUCAGGAGAUUUAUGCCCCGGAAGAAUCCACAGCAGUUCACGAGGCCUGAGGACGACACCCGGAAAGAGGAGAAAAGAUGCACAGAGCAGCAGAGACGUAACGAACACAGGGAGCUUUUCGACAACCUCCAGAGUCUCCUGGAGCCGUCCAGCGUCGUCGCCAGCCCCAAACUCCACCUGCUCACUCUGGCGAUAAAAGAAAUCAAGGCCCUCACGGAUCGCUCUGAGUUUUUGCAGGAGGAGAAGAAACUGCUGAGUCGGAUGAAGAAGGUUUAUGUGCAGAAGAUCUCCAUCAUGUCGGGUCAGACAGAGGAGACCAUCCUGGAGCGGCUGCUUGACGUUUGUGAAAAGCAGAGACAGAAGGAGCUGAUGACGUCGGACUCUCCGUACUCGAACCUGCUCCAGUCCAACGCCGCCAUGAUCCAGGCCAUAAGCCCCUCGAGCAGACCAGAGACGACCCCCCUGCUCAGGCCCGUCACCCUGGAGUCUCCGUCUGAAACUGAAGAACCAGCCAAACCCGAACCAUCCGAGGCCCAGAGAAAAGCGUCGGAGCAAAUCCAAGCCACAGCCAAGAACUUCCUACAAGAGCUUCUGACCAAACUGAAACCGAUCAUCCACAACGCCAAGUUCUGCCACCAGGCGGCGAGACGGAGCCGCGCCGAACAGGAGAAGGCGCUGGGCAUCGCGACAGUAGAAGUGCCCACGUCUUCAGUUACUAUGCCAACGGUGUCCAAAUCUAAAAGGACAAAGACGAGAAACAAACCAAACAAACCACAAACGCUCACUCUUCCUCUGAUUCGGUCCAAAGACGGUCGAAUAAUUCUCCCCUCGUCCAUGAAGCCAGCUCCUCAGACCUACUACACACUCACCCUCGCCCCGAACAGCGAGCAGAGACCCACCAUUUUCCUAAAACCGUUGGAACAAGGAUCUGCACCAGCGCAAGACGGCGAAACUCCGGCUGUUCUCGUUCAACAACCAACUUCCUUAGACCCUCAGCAGCCUCGACCGGCUCCGCCACAACCGUAUAUUUUUAAAUCUCCUUUGGCAAACAUCGGGUACCUCAAUAAGACCGUCUCAAACCAAACCUUACCUACCUCACCUCCUUCUGCUACAACUACUACGACUAAAACUAAGCUGACGCCUUUCCACCAACCAAGAACCUACCCAACACCAGCGAAUCGACCCAAGGAAUUCCCAAUCCCCCCAAAACUAUUUCACAAACCGCAAACCAUCGCCUCGUCUCCGGUUAAACGCAGAAGAGGUCGUCCACGGAAACACCCAUUCCCGGAUGACGCCCGGACCCCGAAUUCAAAACUAGAAAUAAAAGAAGAUCCCGAUUACUCGCCGACAAACUUGCAAACGACUCCAUCGCCGACGAACAAAAGGGCAGCGGCGGGAAUUUCCAGUCCGCAACCGGCGAAAAGAGGCAGGGGACGGCCUCCGAAAAGCAGACGCGGUUUGAUGUUAAGUCCUCGGGUUGAAUUGGAACGCUGCCCGUAUCUGGAAGUGAAGAAGGAAGAGGAGGAGUGGGACAUUGACAUAAGCAGUGUACACGUGAACGGGUCGCGCCCUUUAACCCGCGGUUUGUUGGGGAAGGAUUUUCCGAGCGCAAAAAAACGGUCCUGGAUCGACUUGGAAAGCGAGUUGGACGUGGAUAUAGAAUAAGUCGCGAGUCUAUUGUUUUGAACACUACUGCGGUCUAUGCACGGCCCUCACACUUGAAUGCUGGAACUUCAUCUCAGAAAUAACUACUGUGCCUUUUACUUUUAUAAUAAUGUUACUGCAAUAAACUCAACGGUACGCUUAAAGUUCCGCUACGUAACUUUCCUGUUGUGGACUCGGCCACUUGCUCGUCUCCAUUAUGUGAUAUAAAUUUGGUAUUACUUUGAAUCGUUGACCCAAAGAUGGAAAAAAAAAACAAAAAAAAAGCAUUAAUCGAUGAAAUAAUCAAACUGCAGAGGCGUUGCUGUACCACUAGAGGCAGCAGUUUGAGAAACACUGGUCUAGAAUAUUCCACAGUAUGGCUUUAUGUAAUUACAUAGGUUUUAUUGCUUAGAAAUGCUGUAUUUUCUGGAGCAUAAGUCUCGCCCGAGUAUAAGUCUCAACAGCCAAAAGCCAAAAAAUAAUAAUAUAAUAAUGAAGAAAACAUAGUUGACAUAUAAGUCGCACCUGAGUAUAAGUCACACCAGCCAAAAAAUGCACAAUAAUGAAGAAAAAAAACAUACUCAGAUGUGAUUUAUACGUGAAAUAUGCUUUUUUUCUUCAUUAUUAUGCUUUUUUUUGGCUGGUGCGACUUAUUUCAUGUAUAAGUCGCACCAGAGUAUAAGUCACGGCAGACAAAAAAUCCAUAAUAAUGAAGAUAAAAAACAGCAUUUCACGUAUAAAUUGCACCUGAGUAUAAGUCGCACCAAAAAAUGCACAAUAAUGAAGAAAAAAAACAUACUCGGAUGCGAUUUAUACGUGAAA